UGUGUGUGUGUGUGUGUGUGUGUGUUAUAAAGACCUCUAGAUUACUCAGUUUACAGGAAAUUUCAUGGUCAUUAUGAGCAGGGAGUAAUUACCUAUCCCAGGAGAUAGACAACAAAUUAAAUCUUCAAAGACGACGGGCUUUACAUGCUGUACCCGCACAGUUACUGAACAGUGGCAUUUUUCAUCAUCUUUAUUUUUUGAGGAAUUUUCAAAGGAGCACCAGUCUACUAAACAUAAGGACCUUUGUUUUGGAUAUGUGCAUGUGUGUGUUUGUAUUGGACGGUCUAUAGGUUUGGUGGUUGGAUGGAACGGAUGGGGUUAGGGAAGGGUGGUGUUUCCUGGUCCACACUCCGCAGCUGUGCGUCUGUGUUUAUGUACAAAUAUUUAAACCCACUCACAUCCUUUCCUUUGAAAGCACACCCUUAGCAUCCAGAGCAGCUCCAUGGACACAUCUCACUCUGCCAUACUUAUGCCUCUAUAGUGCAAAAAUCUCCCUCCCUUAGCACCAAAUACAGGAAUGUAUACAGCCCUAAUGUUGUAGAGAAGAGUGACAAAUGUUUUCAUUUUUGAAAAGUGAGGGUUUUUUUAAAGGGAUUUUCAGCCUAAAAUCAUAUUUGCUGCUCGUGUUUCAAAAAGAUCUAGAUCCAAGAUAGAUAGAAGUUGCAAGAAAACACACAACUACUUAUCUGUUAUGUAUUUCGUGUUCAUAGCUCAGAUCUGAAAUUUACUUUUCAUACUAAAUUACUUUUUUAAUAUAUACUAUUACUGAUGUAUACUAUUAUUUCUUCAUACUCCAUGUCAUCUGUUUCAGUCCAUAAACCUUGUGGCGUAAUUUUCUUAGCAUCCAGAUAAGCAUCUUUGCGGGAGUUAUAUCUGGCCAAGUGUUGUCCGCAGACCCAUCUUGGAAGCGCUCUCUGCCAAGCCACAUGGUAAUUGUGAGCAAAUUUUGGGUGUACUGAAGAUGAAAUGGAGGAUAUGCAGAGAGGGAGGAGGCUUCAGUCAUUUGGGACACUCCCUCGCUACAUCAAGCAUCUUACAACGAAGGGAGCCUUGUGUUCAGAUUACAUGCUCAGUGCAAAACAGCCCAGACCAAGAUUAUUACUCUGCUGCAGACAGUGUGCCAGAAGGGAUAGAUUCUUUGUAGUUUGGGUGAAAGAGAAUUGAGAAAAGAAUCAUUAGAAAAGUGCAAAGGUGGAUUGGUUUUCACCCAGAGGACUUCAGGAUGUUCUAGCAGUUUACCCAAGGGAAUAGCAAGUGCACAGAGGCAAAUACCUGCUGGUGAGAAGUUGAUCAUCUGAAUGUUUUUAUUCCCCUUGUGGAUGUGAUUUUGUUCAGUGGAGCUGGAACAAGCUUUGACUUGUCUACGUCUGGAAAAAAGGCAGGUGUUGUGUUGUGUUUGUGGAUGCUGACGAGAGACUUGGGUGGUGGCUACAUUAUAUACCUUUAUUUCUUUCCUCUACACAUGGACUCCAUCUUCACACACUGCCUCAGCCAUUUUUUAGCACCUGCUCUUAACCUCAUUCUAGCUCUUCCACUCUUCUAUCUGCAAUUGAGUGGAAAGUUAAAAAGCUGUUUUUCCUUCAAGUGCCUUCAACACUUCUAGGGCCUUAUUGCUCUAUCUGCAGUCUAUUUUGCCCUCUGCUUCCUUAAGUAAAUAGGAGAGAGUGCAUAAGAGGGAAAAGAUCAUACAUUUAUUCUGCAGAUAAGAGUAUAAUAGACAGGAGGGACAGAGGUAGGGAAGGGAGAGAUACAGGUGGGUGACGAGCAGUAAACACUCGUCUAUCUUAAGAUCUCUGAUUAGACAGGAGCAUAGGUGAACAUAAUCUAGGACUGGCUCCACUGCUGAGAUAUGCUGUGUUUAUCUUAAAGCAGAGUUUGAAAAGUUCUGUGACGGCUGUGGUCAGUGGAUCAGCGGUCACUGUUUGGCUUGAGCCUGUGCAAGCACACAGGGACACACAGAAGGGUGCUCUCACACAGCUCCCUGGGCCCGCUCGGAAGAGGCAUCACAUUGGCAAUGGCAGCAGGCUGUCUCGACCAGGAUGGCAUGCAUGCAGCACUCCCGGUCCUGCAUGACCCUGUGCACCAUGGCAAAGGAGAGGCGGGGGGCCGCAGUAACAGCGGUGGAACCCGAGAGCAGCGGUGGUUCUUCCCGCUGGUGCCUCUCCUCCUGCUGUGCAUGUUUGCGUGUGCCUGCGGCCAGAUGGAGGGCACUGCACACUCCAGCUUCCGCAGGCUGAACGGCCGCCAGAAGAAGGAGAUGCAGAGGGAGAUCCUGUCCAUCCUGGGGCUGCCCGGGCGCCCUCGGCCCCACCCGCCCCUGCGCCCCCCCUCCUCCGCCCCACUCUUCAUGCUAGACCUGUACCACGCUGUGUCGGCGGAGGGAGACGACGGCCUGGGCCUGGGCCUGGGCCUGGGUCUGGACCCCGACAUAGUCAGCCAUGCUGUGCUGCCAACGCUCAGCACACACACGCCACCCCUUGGCACAGUGGUCAGUGAGGCGGACACAGUCAUGAGUUUCGUCAACUUGGUGGAGCAUGAGAGAGACCUUCUCCAGCCUCGUCCCUACUGGAAGGAGUUCCGCUUCGAUCUGACGCCACUUCCUCAGGGUGAGACGGUCACUGCUGCGGAGUUCCGUAUCUACAAAACCCUGACCGUGGGUCAGCGGGCCAACCGCACCCUCCACAUCUCUGUCUAUGAAAUCCAGAGGGAGAAAAGAUACAGGGAGCCUGAGCUGGUACUGUUGGACAUCCAGUCUGUGCCAGCAGGGCAGGAGGGCUGGCUGGCAUUUGACGUGACCUCUGCCAGCAACCGCUGGCUCUUACACCCACGAAGCAACCUAGGCAUCCGACUGUAUGUGGAAACAGAAGAUGACCGCUCUUCACCUGCAGGGUGGGUUGGUCUGGUGGGACGCAGAGGCCCACGAUCCAAACAGCCCUUCAUGGUGACAUUCUUCCGGGCAAGCCAGGCCCCAUGCCGCCCUCCUCGUGCCCUCAGACACAGCAACCCACGCAAGAAAAAACACAAAUAUGACCUGCCCCACCCAAACAAACCAGGGAUAUUUGACCAGAAUCAUCUGAACAGUGGUCGACAGGCCUGUAAGAAGCAUGAGUUGUAUGUUAGCUUCAGUGACCUGGGCUGGAAGGAUUGGGUUUUGGCUCCUCCAGGAUACUCAGCAUAUUACUGUGAUGGGGAAUGCGACUAUCCUCUGGGCUCCUGUAUGAAUGCUACUAAUCAUGCCAUGAUUCAGCUUGUGGUACACCUUAUAAAACCAGAUGAGGUACCCAAGGCCUGCUGUGCCCCCACCAAGCUCAGCCCCAUCUCUGUGCUCUUCUAUGAUGACAACAACAAUGUAAUACUGAAGAAACAUCGGAACAUGGUGGUCAAGACCUGUGGUUGCCUGUAAACUAGUAAACGACUAUUCUAUUUUUCUGGUUUCUAGUAUGCAGAGUAUUGUUUUAGAUGGGUCAAUAAUUGUCAGAGACCCAGGAAAUAAGUUUACCUUGCUAGCAGAGCUACGAAGUAAUUAUUCAUCGGCUCAAUAUUUAAAUUAAGGCCAGUGGUUUUUAUCAAAUGUUUUGUCUCACAUUUUUUUCUGGUUUAUAAUAAGGUAGCCAUUUAUGAAUUUGAUCAUACUGAGGCAUUGUGGUUUGUAAUAAUUUAUUCAUUAAUAAUUCCACUGUUAAUGAAUAUAAAUCUAACACAGUAUUAACACAGUGGUUCAGGUUUCACACUAGUACUGCCCAUGAAACAGUAAACCAUUCAUUCACUAGCCUCUUGAUACAAAAGCAUUCAAAUAAUAGCUCAGUGAUAAUCUCCAGUAUGCAAUAAGCAUGGAUAUAAUAAAUAUGCUAAGCAAAAAACUAAGAAUUAAAACUCUCAAUUAUGAGUUAUUUGCCCAAUAUCUAAUCCUCUAGGCCUAACUGAGAUGCAAAUGGAAAUGUUCUCAUUUCAUCACUUUCCCAUUAUUCCUCAUCAUAAAGCAUGCUUUGGCAGGAACAAAGUUGAACUGUUUAUUUUUCUUGUUUAAAUGUUGCUAUAUAUUGAUAUAUAUUCACCAUGUCCUUUUGCAACAGAGUUACAUUGGUCCAUUAUAAAUGUAUGCUUGGAAUUUAAGAGCAUUCCUGGAUGAAAGUUUAGUACCAUUCUGACUGGUCAAGGGAAAAUGUAGGAAUGUUGAAAUAAAAUGCUGUAAAUAUUUUCUACACAUUUUAAUAGUGCAUGAAACAGCCCGGUCCCUUUGAUAUUGAUUUUCUUUUUGUAUUGUCAUUUGAUAGUCAAAACCUUUUAAAGAUCAAACAAGUCGAUUAGAUUAUUCAUGGCUUUAUUGGUAAAAGGAUACUUGUGUACAAUAACAGUUAAAACAAAACAGUAGUCAGGUAUAAAGACAAAACAUUUGAAAUGAUGUGACCAUGUAUGUUUUUUAAAAGUUGUACUUAUCUGUAUACCUUAAUAAUAAACUUUACUUCACAUAUUCUGGUACUGAAGAGUCAAUUCACAUUACCAGGAUGUGUAAGUGUACAUGACAGAAUAUUUCACUCUUAUUUUAGGGGACAAAAACACUGUCCUACCAGAUAAUCCAAAUUUCACAUAGUGGGAUCAUUAAUAAGAACUUGCCUCUUCCCCAGAACAAAAAGCUUUUUAUUUCUUCCUUUUGAUUAGUCCAUUAUUACCCCAGUUACAGUUGGGAUUGUUUCUCUCAUUAAAAUCCCCAAAAGGCUGCAUCCAUGCUUGCUCAGCACCAGAACACGAAGUGAUGAAAUUGUCUGAUCCCCAACAAAUUUAAUAAAUGUCCAAAGGAUUCCACAUCUGUAGAACCCAAAAUUUCAACUGUUGGCCACAGGAUCACACACUGCUUAAGAAACUUAAACUUAACAUUGCAAACAAAUCUUUAGCUCCUAUUGCAAAAAUGCUAAUAUGAUAAUGCAUGAAUUUCUCUGAAUCUAACAGCACGCGCUGCUGCAUUGUUGCACAAGAUAUGACCAGUAGAACCAUGGAAUCAUUACAUUUUAAAAAAAGCUGCCUUUGCAACCAGAAAUAUGAGUGAUUGAAUAUUCACAGGCCAUUGUGAAUCAAAUUGGGGGUGGGGGUGGGGGGUCAAUUCCAACCGUUCACAACUUCUGCUAUUUUGAUGUGCUACAUCACUGUUCAGUGAAAUGGAGAGUCUGACUGGUCAUC